CCGAGCCCUGCGGCAGAGGCUGCGAGACAUGGACGUGAAGAUGCGGAGCUGUGAGAGGAGGAUGAGGAGACGGAGUCAGCGCGAAGAGCAUCACACGGCUCAUUUUAGGCCGCCCAAAGGUAGGGGAGCGGGACACCCUGCACAUCCAUCCAUCCAUCCGUCCACCCAUCCAGAUGUGAGCUCAGUAAUGAUUAUACUGCUGCAUCCAGCCCCGUGUGCUAGUCUGAGAAAUUCGUCCAGUCUCCCAUGAAGAGUAUGGUAAAAGAUGGCUCGCACGUUUUGUCCCAGCAAACCUGAUUCAGGUGUCCUCGAAUGCUGGUUGGUGUAACAUGAACCUGCUGAUCUGCUGGGCUCUUCCUGCACAGCCACCUGUGGAGUUCAGCAAAGACAGAAUAUCCAUUGAGCCGCAGUUCUCCAGGUGAAAAGGUGUAGUUGAUGUCAGAGCAAAUCAGAGCUCGUUACAACCAAGGUAUGCAGAAGAGCGGGGCCGAGCACGCAGCACAUCGAACAGAUGUGCUACAGCAGCAGAAGAGCAGGAAGCCACUGCUCACACAGGCUCAGCGAAACUGGAGAAGAGUGGAAACACUGCCAGGACCUGAUGACCAUCAGCCCCUGGCACUCCCUCCUCUGGCUCUUUCUGAAGGCAAACCCUUUCAUCCAGUUUCAAAGAAUCCAACAUUAUUUUCAUCAGUGUUGAUCUGUGACCGUGUGACAAAGAGAAAAGGUCCACAUCCUAAGCAGGAGGAAGCCAAGAUGUUGACACUGGUGAAGCAGGAAAAAGAGGAGAGAGAUGACUGCAACUUGGACCUGAAGGUGGAGGUUAACAUAAGGGCGGAGUGUGGCCUCUCUGCAGCUUUGGAGCCCAGCGAGGAAAGCCCCCCUGCUGACACUGUUCUCGACACCAGCGUCAGCAGCCUCACAUCCUCCACUUCACAGCUGUCCUCCUCUCCUGCUGAUGCCACGGUGGACCUGACCUGCAGGCCUCGAGCAAAACGUAAGGCUGCUAAGCCCGUAGGUAACAGCGAGGGGGUCCCGGCCUCCGAAGCGGCUCGCAGGGACCCUUCGGGAAGCCUACCUGAUAUGGCUCUGAAGCCAGAGGUCCAGACAGAUGAGUUCGCAGAAGAUGACCUUCAUCCCUCUCAGCUGUCAGCCACUAUAGCCUCUGAUGAGUCGAGCUGCGACCGCCUCAACAGCCUGGGCCUGGAUCUGGCCUGGAUGCAGGAGCGUGUCAGUCAUCUGGGAGCAGCCUAUGCAGUAGCACAGCUGGGUUUGGGGAACACGGACAGCGGGCACCCUUCUGCCUCCUUCCCCUCACAGGGAGGUGGAGACAGUCUCGACGGCCCCCCGACUAUGCUUUUUACAGGCGGCGCUCACGAGAUGGCUGCUUUUGCUGCCUCCUUCGACAUGGCUGCUGCUGCCGCCGCCGCUGUAGUAGCUGCACCCCCUCCACCUCCGCCCCCUCCCCCUCCUCCGACAGCUCCCACUGGCACUGCCAGCAGCCAGAGGCGGCCUUACAGGAGCAGCACCGCCGCCGCAAAAGAGCCGGUGGCGUGCGCUGUGUGCGGACGCGUGUUCCCCAGCACGGCCGGCUUGGAGCUGCACCAGCGGGUGCACACCGGGGAAAGACCUUACACUUGCCCUCACUGUGGGAAGGGUUUCGCCCAGCCCAACAACUUGCGGGUUCACCUCCUCAUCCACACCGGUGAGAGGCGUUAUCGAUGCACACUGUGCGGGAAGAGUUUCAUCUCAUCGAGCCAUCUGAAGAGGCACCGCACGGUUCACACGCAGGAGAAACCCUACAGCUGCUCGCGCUGCGGCCAGUCCUUCAGCCAGAUGUGUAGCGUCCGCAGACACCGGCAACAGUCUCAGUGCGGCCUGUAGCAUGAACACUGUAGCAGCAUCUGAUACACUCUGGACUCUGAAUGGUGAACAUUUAAAGAUGGUAGCUUGAGCGAAGAUGAGGUGAUGUCAUGAUGACGUUCAGAGUAAAUGUUUGUAAAUGUUUGUCCUAAAUCAGUUAUACGGUUGGUCUACCCCAAACUGUCUUCAUAUUGGUGGUUUGACAGUGAGACGAGGUCACACAGGUGAGUUUGUGAUAGACUAACUCUGAGACUAACCAUAAACUCUGAGAACUCAUUCGAGUGAGCUGUGAAGAAAAGCCCUCGUUAAUAAAACUGCGAUGUCGAGAGCAAAUAAAAGGGCAGAACCUCUAUUUUAAUCUCGUGGCCCAAGGAGCAUGAAUGUGUACCAGUGUGGCUCAUGCUUUUAUCAUUAUCAAACAUCAGUGUUCAUGACUAGAUGAAGCUGGAAGCUGACAGUGCAGUGUCGUGGCAGCGACACAGCUGCUGAUUCCAGCAUGUUGUAUUUCAUGCUGUCAGCAGCUGUAAGUAGCAAUGACAACAGAAAGUCUGACUUUUGCUGCGCAGACUGUAGGCUCUCCACCUAACUGUUGUUACCUGGUGCUAUAUACAUAAAGUAGUGAUGGCAAACAGCAUCUGCACAUCUGUUGAAGGUGAUCACUCUAUUUAGAAGAGUGGACUUUAUUCUAUUAAAUGUUGGUUGAUAAAGUAUAGGGAACUGGUUUGCAAACACAGAGCACUUUCUUUAGUUUAACUGUCUAACAUCAGAACAUCGGUCAUUAAUGGGACUCUAAAUAUGCCAAAUUCAUGUCUGAAUGUAUUAUUAACAUAAUGAACGUUAGUAAAUCCUCCACACUACAUGUGCUACAUGUGGCACAGUAACAGUACCUUAGUUAUGUCUCAAGAACCAAGAAGGGAAAUCCCAGAACGUUGUCUGUGUUUAAACGUUAUGAUGCAUUCUCAAUCAUCCA